CAUGGAUUCGCCGACCAGCAAGGAUGCGAGGACCCGUCCAACGCUGCUUGCAGCUUUAAUUGGUAAUUGAUUUGUCAAUAAAAAAAAAUAAGUUUUUGUUAUUCAUUUCCAGUGUGCUGCUGCGUCCACUAGACGGAAGUGACGAGUCGACUCACUAAAAGCAACGAAGAAGAAGAAGUGAGCAGGCGUCGUUUUCAAAGCUCGUUAACGGUUGUUGUCUUGGUGCCGAGUGUCUGAGCCUGUAAACAAUAAAAGAAGACCAACAAAUAACUUUAAACUUCACCAGAGAUAUUAGCAUGAUGGAUUCACCAUAGCAACGAGCCGGUCUGCGUGCAGAUUUAUUUUCAGUGACCAGAAGCUAAAGAUACAAUGGACAAUCUGGAUUUCUCAGAAGACGAAAUUCAGGAACAACUGGCCAUCCUCGGCUACAAGAACAUACCGAAACACAGGCUGCUUGAAUUUAAGCAAGAUCUUGAUGAACUCAUACGACAUGGAGACUGGAAAAGCCUGGCCUCGUUGCCUCAAAUAAACACCAGAUCUCAGACAGCCACAUCUCAGCCCAGUCCUCCUGCCUAUACCAAAGAAAAAGUUAGUCAAUGCUAUUUUGAAGGCUCUGCUGAAGGAUUUUUCUUACAUGCUGGCAAAACAGACACUGACAGACAGGUAAAACAAGUGCUCACCACCUGUCAGAACAGAGACUAUGGACAGCAGCAGGGAUGCUAUGACUCGUACGCUCAACACUCGGUGGCUCCAAAGCUCCAGCUGCCUCCAGGUGCUCCCAGCAGGCUGCAGGUGGAGCCGAGUCUUGAGGACAGCCUGCACUCAACACUGUUCGACAGCUACACAUCUUCCCCAGACACCCAGGGGAGACGCUUCAUCAAAAGAAAAGUCUUGAGGAAACAUAAAGGGCAGUCGCUUGUCUGUGAUGAAUCCGUCUACAGCGAAGACUCAGACGUGGCGAGCUGUCUGGAAGAACAACUGGCUGAUCUUCAUUUAUCCACAGCAGCUCAACGGGAGACUGAGGCAGAAAAUGAAGAUCGAAGCGAUCAGAGCGACUCCCAGAGCUCUGAGAGUGACGCCAUCUCUUUGAGUGCUUUUGAAUCCUACAUUAGAGGGAUGACUCAGACUCAGAGUGAUGCUGCCUUCAGGCCCAAACCCAAAUCCUUCAUCCGGCCAGUGAUGAGUCAACCGUCCAUUAAGAAGACUGACCCAGUGUCCAAGUAUUUCGAAUACAAACAAUUUUGGGAAAUGUUCAAACUUCCAGGAGAGAAGGACAGGAGAGCUCUCCGCUGGGAGAUAAAGGAACAACUGGCAUACCAGCCUCCACCACCUAAACCUCGGAGAGUUUAUCUGCCCAACACCUACGUUGUGCCUACUGAGAAGAAGCGCUCGGCGCUCCGCUGGGAGAUCAGGAACGAUUUAGCCAACGGGCUCCUUCCCCACAAGUUCAAUUAUCGAUUUUAGGCCUUACACUCUGCACACUCUUUUUGUAGUCAUUUUUAUUAAAAUUUUGCAGUUUUCUAUUAAUAGAAUUAUUUAUUAAUGACUUUUUUGUUGUUAUACAUAAUAAACACAAAAAAACAUUUGGCCCCACUCAUUUCUUCUAGGGGAAAUCUGAGUAGGGCAGUUUAAACGGGUACAGAGGUGUGUAACGUUGGUCGUGCCAAAGCAGCUUGUCCUCCAGAAACUUGACUGUUUCCAGAGUGAGGACGAUGGCUUCAUGUUUCAGCAUGCUGUGGACGUUCAAACCUGGCAGAGUAAAAAGACAAGUGUCAGAAGCCGUGCGGAGAUACUCACACAUCGACUAUUAACAACGACUCUCCCCAGUGUCUGUGUCUGAUGAGGUCCAGCAGGUACUGAGAGUCUGGUGUGGGGAUGUUCAGGGAGUCCACGAUGUGAAGAUAUUCCUGCAGGAACAAGCAGCUCAAAUCAGAAGAAAAAAGGAUUUACAGAAGUAAGUGUCCUGAAAGAUGCAGCUCAGAAACGCUCCCCGUUACCUCGGAGGCACUGCAAAGACGUCGGGGUGGAGCUGAGUCAGACCCAGCGGCUCGCUGUCCUGCUUCUCCAGAGUCUCCACCCACGUCUGCAGCGGACUCAGGUGAGCAGGAACGACGGCAUCACACUUUCUCAGCAGAGGCAGCGAGCAGUCGGCAGGAGGACGAGGACGUUCUGAGGGACACAAGAGGCCAGUCAGAGGUGGACAUUGACUCGUAACACGAAGGAUUCAAUGACAACCAUGUACACUACCAUUCAAAAGUUUGGGGUCACCCAGACAAUGUCACGUUUUCCAUGAAAACUCUCACGUUUAUUCAUGUGCUAACAUAACUGCACAAGGGUUUUCUAAUCAUCAAUUAGCCUUUCAACACCAUUAUCUAACACAAUGUAGCAUUAGAACACAGGAGUGAUGGUUGCUGGAAAUGUUCCUCUGUACCCCUAUGGAGAUAUUCCAUUAAAAAUCAGCCGUUUCCAGCUAGAAUAGUCAUUUAGCACAUUAACAAUGUCUAGACUGGAUUCAUCAUUCAUUUAAUGUUAUCUUCAUUGAAAAAAAACUGCCUUUCGUUCAAAAAUAAGGACAUUUCUAAGUGACCCCAAACUUCUAGUGUAUGUUAUCGUAAGGCACUUCUAAUAUCCCAAUAAGACUUUACAAAAUAUACAGAGAGAAACUCAAGAAAUGUCAAGUAAAAAACAGCUUUUCUUUCAAAAUUAAAGACAUUUCUAAAUGACCCCAAACUUUUGAACGGUAGUGUAGAUGCCACAUCCACAGUAAAACUGAUGACAUAACAUCUAACGCUCUGGAUGAUAAAUGAAUGUAAAUGUUAACAAAAAUGCAGGUUUAUUUUAUUUUAAAUACAACAUUUCCAUAACCACGUUCUACCACAAGUUUCAGACUCACUUAAUCUGGCAGGAUCCACCAGGUUGGUGGGCAGCAGUAAAUUUGGAGGCAGAGCGCUUUCCCCAGAGAACGAUGAGGCGAACUGUGGAGGAGAAACAACUUGAGAAUGAUUGAAAUGACUGAAAAAAGAAACGCACAAAACAAAAACAAUAACAGGCUGAUAUCUGUAAAAGAAGCUCAGAAUAUGACAUUAAUCAAGCUCACUAGUUUCACCUUUUAGCUGGAUAAAUCAUGACAAUACAACAGAAAAUAAACCGGCUUUACACUGUUUUAGAUUUGAGCUGUUAAAAUAAUGACACCAGCAGGAGUGAAGUAUGAGAGUCAUACAGUAUGUUGCUUUUUAUUUUUUGUCUGAAACUCAAAAGCCACAAAUAGUCAACUAAGAAAUGCAGCGAGCAUUUUUAUUCUAUAACCUGAAGCCGGCAAAUGUUUUUUUUUAACUUUCAAACACUUAAAUUAGGAUUUGAUUAAUCAAGUGAUGAACUGACAAAGUGAAGUGGCAGCUAUUUGGAUAAACGACGGCAGAUUUAAGGCUUUAUCAAGAAAAAACUCCAAAAAUGGUUGCAGAUUCUCCUUUAGUUGUGAACUGAAUAUCUGGAAACGUUACCCUCAGCUCUUGGAAAUUGUACUUUUUUUAAAAACCAUUUUGGGGAAACUUCAUAGACUGAAUUCAGUGGUUUAGUAUGGAACUUUCUGGAAAAAAUCCUUAGUGAGUCAUCCUGUAAUAGUCUGAAAUGUUUUUUAGUUUGAGGUUUUAUUGAUUAAUCUGUCAAUUAUUGCUUUAAUUAGCUGUUACGACAUAAAACAAUCAAAGUAUCUGAUUGUUCAAAGUUCUCAAGUGAAUAAUUUCUUUCCUUAUGUUGCUUUUACAUGACUGUGAAUCUAAUCUUUUUAAGCUUUAGACAGCUGACUGGACUAAAUAGGACAUCUGAAGACCUCACAGUGGAAUGCAGGAUGAUGAGUGCUUUUCACAAUUUUUUAAAACUGAUUGUAGCAAAAACCACCAAAUAUUUUACCAUCACUAUGCACAGACUAACCUCACUGUGUUAUUAGGUGACUAUAUGGUCUCGACCAGCACUGAGCGGGUGCCAAACUUUCCCCAAAUACACGACCGUUCAAAAGUCUGGGGUCACCCAGGCAAUUUCAUGUUUUCCAUGAAAACUCACACUUUUAUUCAUGUGCUAACAUAACUGCACAAGGGUUUUCUAAUCAUCAAUCAGCCUUUCAACACCAUUAGCUAACACAAUGUAGCAUCAGAACACAGGAGUGAUGGUUGCUGGAAAUGUUCCUCUGUACCUCUAUGUAGAUAUUCCAUUAAAAAUCAGCUGUUUCCAGCUAGAAUAGUCAUUUACCACAUUAACAAUGUCUAGACUGGAUUUAUCAUUCAUUUAAUGUUAUCUUCAUUGAAAAGAAAACUGCUUCUCUUUCAAAAAUAAGGACAUUUCUAAGUGAGCCCAAAUGUUUGAACGGUAGUGUAAUAAAUAAAAAGAGGUAAAACUGAAAAUAAAUCUUUUUGAACUCAAAGAGCAUUAAACUACUAAAACUGGUCUGUUGUUGGUCACCCUGGCGGAAGUGGUGGAGCAGAGGAUGCUGACCAAAGAUCAAAUAUCACAGAGAACACCUCCCACCCCCUCCAUAAAACUGUGGACAAUCUGAGGAGCAGCUUCAGCAGCAGACUGAUACGACCCCGCUGCUCCGAGGAACGUUACAGGAGGUCACUCCAUUAUUCCACAGCAAUGAGACUUUUCAGUCCAUCUGUGUCUGGCAGAUCACAAAAGGACUUUGUCACUUUACCUGCUAAUGAAACCACUUUACAUUCCAAAUGUAAAAACUGAAAAACACUCAUGAUCCUGCAUUCCAGUGUGAAGUCUUCAGAUGUCCCAUUGUUUUUAGUAUACCGUUUACAUCUUCCCCGUGUGUUGACUUAUUUUAUUUUUUUUAGACACUCUACACACUUUUGACACUUCACACAAACACUUUUAGACACAUUUUACUUAUGUAAUAUUUUUUAUUUCUAUUUUGCUACUAACCUCUGUGUAUUUGUGCAUACUCAACUAACCUUUGUUUAAUGUUUAUUGUACUCUGGCAAAAUAAUUUCCUCCGGCAUGAAUAAAGUAGAUUUUAUCCAUCAUUCAUUAUAUCUUUAAACGUAUCUGCACCUACUUAUGUCAUGUGCACAUUGCUGUAUCACUCUUGUAUAUUCUGUUGAAUUUUUCCUAUAUUAUAUCUUAUAUAUUUUAUAUUUUAUUUGACUUUAACCUCCCUUGUGUUGUCUUAUUGUGUUCCCCUUUAUUGAAUAUCCAUGCUGCUGUAUUUAACUGCAGUCAUCUAGGUUUACGUCUAAACAUUACAGAUGACAAAUGGAGUCUGAGAAGCUAUCAUCACCCGAGACUUCAACAGAUGUCUUCACACAGGUGGAAGCUGAAUUAGUGAGGAUGACUCCUGCUCUGGGGCUGCACAGUGGUGUAGUGGUUAGCACUUUCGCCUUACAGCGAGAAGAUCCCUGGUUCGCGUCCCGGCUUUCCCGGGAUCUUUCUGCAUGGAGUUUGCAUGUUCUCCCUGUGCAUGCGUGGGUUUUCUCCGGGUACUCCGGCUUCCUCCCACAGUCCAAAAAUAUGCUGAGGUUAAUUGAUUAUUCUAAAUUGCCCGUAGGUGUGAAUGUGAGAGUGAUUGUUUGUCUUUGUAUGUAGCCCUGCGACAGACUGGCGACCUGUCUAGGGUGUCCCCUGUCUUCGCCCGAGUCAGCUGUGAUAGACUCCAGCCCCCCCCCACCCCCCACCCCCGCGACCCUAGUGAGGAUUAAGCGGUGUAUAGAUAAUGGAUGGAUGGAUGGAUGGACUCCUGUUCCUGUCAUCUCUAAGCUCCUCACACAUCUUUACCUGCACAUGAGGAAAAUCACUCCUGUAGAAUGCAGUGGUUCAUCAGAACCUCUGGGGAUGUCCUGUGGAUUCUGUGGAUCCUGUGGGUUGCAGGGUGGAUCCUACCUAGACCAGGCUGAUCCUGGACCAUCCCACAGAUGCUCAGUCAGAUCUGGAUGUGGAGAGUGUGGAACCCAGAUGUUCAGAGGGAGAUGAUGCCACAUCUGGUCCAGCUGAUGGAAGGUCUUGAAGUUCUCUGACUGGCCUCGACUGAAGAUGGUCGUCUCACUGGAUUUAAGGUUCAGAUGCUCAGUAACAAACUCCACCAAUGUGCCAACAGGGAAGCUUUAGGUUCAUUAAAUGUUGCUAUGAAGGUUUCGCUGUUUUUCUUUGUGAAUGUAAUGUGCUCCAACUGAAACUUGAAUUAGAACUUAGAAGUAAAUCCUUCCAUCUGAAAGGAUUUAGUUGCAUUAAUAACCUCAUAACAUUCUAAUUUUUAUUCCAGUCUUGGUUGGAAAUAGAAUCUCUGUAUUGAUUCAGGUAAAAACUGAACUUCACACCAUGUUGAAGCAAAACAACCAGAUGAAAACUGUGAUGGUGUUGGAUUGUCCGACCGUAAUGUUGCAGCUCAAAGCAGCUUUUCUAGCUCAGUUCAUUCUGACAUUCAGCUAUGAAUCAACACAGCAGAUGGUGAUCCAUGCUGUGGAAGUCUCACAUCUCCUGAUUUAAUGGAGCUGCUUUGCACUUUUUACACUGUUUAUUCACCAACACUUUAUUUAAUAAAAGUCCCAUCUAGUUUUUAUGAGGAAUGUGAUGUUUUAAUUUCUCUGAAUAACUUGCAGUCUAAUGGAACAGCUGGAGUUGUAACAUCUGUCCUGAUAUUGAUCAUGAAGUAUUGAUCAGAAUACUUAUGGUCAGCAGUCAUCCCUGAAGUUUUACAUUAAAAUCUUUACUUGUGUUGUGAACUUUGGUAAGAAGCAGAAACGUUAGCGUUGCCAUGGAUACAUGAGUGUUAAAUUCUGUCCAUGUUUCCAUUUUGGGAAAUGCAGUCCAGUUCCAGAAUGUGGAGGAAUUUAGUCUCACAAUCACAGACAACAAAUAUUAUCUGAAAGUCGGGUUAUUGUUGUUUAUCAGCACAAUACAAAAAGAUUAAUGUUAGAAAUAUUCCAGUUAAGACUCUAGAAUAUCAUGAUUUAUGUAAAUUUACCUCAAUAAUAUGAAUGUUCAGGUUAAGAUUGUACAGUGAUAUUUAUUAUGCAAGUUUAGCUGAUUAAAGUUUGACUGUACUAAAAUAUUAUUUAAAUUGACAUCAUUAUUAUAAUAUUCAGGGUCAGACCCUACAGUAUUGAGAUUAAGAAAUCAAAUAUUCUAUAAAAUGUAAAUACACUGAACUCAUAUGGAUAUAUUUAAGUGAGACUCUACAAUAUUAUUUGACACAAAUCUAUCUAAAUCAAAAUUUUAAUAAUUUUCACGCCAAACAUUUACUGGACUGAUUUAAAUAUUAAAAUCACUCCUUUCUAAUCCUCUGCUGUACGUUCAAACCUGAGGCCUUAAACAGAAACACACAAGUAUCUGAUUGAAGGAACUUCUGCAGAGUCCUGGUUCCAGAACAUGAUGAUAGAAUUAUAGACAAACUUUAACAAAAGCUGCCUGAGAGUUUACAGGUUUUUAUGUUGGAUUUCUUCAGUAAUUUAAUGAGCGUUAUCAGCAAUAAUCAAGUAUUCAUUUGAUGAAGUUCAUUUCCUAAAACAUCCAGAAUUGGAGCUCAUAUCUUUGGCAGCUGUAAAGUUUCUACUCCUUCAAAGUUCACAACACAAUGAAUGAAUUCCUAAAACACUCUCAAUGCUGCAGAGCGUUUGUGAUGCUGAAGCAGUGACCAGUUUUUCUGUUUCUUCUCUGGAGAUGCACAAUGAGGGACGUCUGCAGUGACUGAGAAGGAGUCUCACCACAUCCUGACAUGAGGAAAAAGACUUUAUUGAAGACUACAAUGAGAAAAACUAUCAGACAGCAGACGGCUGCAUUCAAGGUGAGCUCUGAACAUUUGAUCUGGAACAGGAAUUCAAUAACGGCAGCAUGAGCUUCAUUUCACUCUGUAGCUGCUGAAUUCAUGGAUGAAUCAUCUGGCACUAGAGAAGAAGACCAUCAAACAUCCACGUCAGCUGAUGGAGGUCCAAGAGUCUCACCGAACAACCAACCUACAGAGUGAAAACCUCGAAUCUGAUUGGACGGCCUCCUAUUCAGCCACAUGUGUGAACAAAUGCCUCUAAGCUGAUUUGUUUUCUAAAAUAAAUCUAGUUUGAGUCCUAA